AUGUGUUUUCAAGAUCAGUUAUUUUUUCAGGUGCGCUUUUUAUUUCUAAGCCCUAUGGUACUCAAACAACUCUGUGGGGCUGUUUCCAAUUCCAAUCGCCAAUUAACACAUCUGAAAACGAUCGCUAUUGGAACGGCAGCCCCUGAUGAUGUGCUGAUGAAACUCGCCUAUAAAUGUUUACCAUCCGUGAAAAGCUACUGUUCAGUGUACGGCAUGACAGAAGUUGGCACAAUAUGUAGGUCAACCAAAUCAUCCUCAUACAAUAUCCAUUCAUGUGGAUCACUGUGUGCAAAUCUAAGUAUGAAGUCGCUUUUGAACGAUGGCGUGAUAAACACAGCAGUAUUUCAGAUAAUUGACUUGUUGUGUUCUGAAGAAGUUGGCCCAUUUGAACGUGGACUGAUGCUCAUAAAAGGCCCGUCUGUGAAUUCACCUUACUGGAACAACGAACAAGCCACAAAUGAGGACUUCAAGUACGGAGGAUGGAGGAAUACAGGUGAUCUGGGUUAUUACGAUCGAAAUGGAAACGUAUUUUUGGUCGAUCGUGUCAAACAAAUGAUCAAAGUUGAUGGUUAUCAGGUGAGUGUGAAAUAUCUGUUAACAAUGAACUGUCAACGACGGUGUCGC